AUGGUGCCAAGCUGUGAUAGUCUCAUUCAAGCAGUUCACAUCAGCAAGAAAAUGGAGCAGAAUGCUGAUAUGAUGAAUGAUAGAAAUAAUGAAGGGAAAACAUUUAUCAGCGCCAACACCUGGGAAAUACCCGUAUCAGAAAUGACCAAAAAUAUGGUAAAUCCAAUUCGGCAAAUCUGUGACUCUCUAUUGGUGUCAUCCAAUACGAAAAAACCAUUACUUAAAUUAAACCUUGGAGAUCCGACUAUUUCUGGCGCACUACCUGUAUGUUCAACUGCGAUUCAGGCCAUAAGUGAAGCAUUAACUAGUCGUAAAUACGAGGGUUAUGCACCUGCCAUUGGAAUUCUGGAAGCUCGAGAGGCGAUAGCCCGACACUUCACACAUCCUGAAGCACCAGUUACCGCGGAUUCGGUCCUUUUAACCAGUGGUUGCUCACAUGCUAUUGAAAUGGCAAUCGAAGCGCUGGCAAAUCCAGGCGACAACAUUCUUGUACCAGCACCUGGCUUUCCCUUAUACUCAACUCUUAUUAAAUCUUCAAAUGUUGAAAGUCGUUAUUAUUACUUCGAUAUAAUGAAUGACUCGCAACUGGAUCUGGCUCAACUGAAAUCUGUGAUUGAUAACAGAACUCGUGCCAUAGUCGUCAAUAACCCUCCAAACCCAACCGGCAUAGUUUUAAGCAAAAAUCAGCUGGAAUCGAUAUUACAAGUCGCUUUUGAAAAACGGAUCCCUAUAAUUGCUGAUGAAGUUUAUGGAACGAUGACCUAUAAUGGAGCUGAAUUUCAUCCAAUAGCAACUCUGAAACCGAAAGUACCGAUACUUACUUGUGAUAGUAUUGCCAAACGGUUUCUUCUACCAGGAUGGCGACUUGGAUGGAUUAUCAUCCACGAUCGGUUGCGUUUUUCAUUGUGA